AUGAUUACACCAGCCGAGCCAGUUGAGGAAAGAAAUAUGGAAGAAGAGCGACACAAGCUGACUGAGGAGGUAGUUACCACAACAGUUCCGCCUGGUACACAAGUAGUCCUGGAGGCCAAGUUGCUUACAUCUGAUGUUGAUCAUACGAUCGAAGAAGUUCGUCAAGAAUCUCAGAUCGUUCCUUCACAGAGAGCUAAUAAUCGAACUUUGUUCUGUCGUAAGUGCGAAGGACAUGGACUUCAAGUUAUCUUGAAGGGCCAUGCUUCACGUUGUCCAUACAAUACUUGCCCUUGCAAAACUUGUUCGAACGUAAUGACGAUGAGAGCUAAUGCUAUCAUUCGUCGUUACCGCACAAGAACUAUGGAAGGGGGGCUUGUGCUUAAGCCUGUUCAUUUUAAAAAUGGAAAUACAAGACUUCGUGUUUUUCCAAAACAUGUUGACGGUCAGUUGAUUAAUCUCAAGAGCGAUGCUGUCCAAAUUCCUAUGGAAAUUCGUGCAAAGCAUCCAUCUGGUGAUACGAACCUUGGUAUUGGUGUUCCUCAACAAUAUGCUAUGAAAAGAAGCUUUAGCGAGGAGCAAGAUAUACGCACGUCUCCUAAAAGAAGUUUCGAUCAAAGCAAUCUUACUGCUACAGAAAUAGCUUUUCUGCAACGUCACCGAGAACAGCAACAGCAGCAAACUCCUUCACCUCAGCAUAACCAUGCAGGAAAUGAAACUUCUUCGACUCCAUCAACACCUCCAUCUUCAACUGCUACUUCCAACAAUUCACAAACGUCCACCUAUCAAUCCGUUUCUACUUCCGUUGGGAUGACUCCGGCUGAAAGAAAUUUACAAACAAGUUCACCCAAUGCUAUUACGUCAGCUGCCGCUUUGACGACUAGCAAUCUCAUCGAUUUCCUAUUCAAACAACAGAUCUCUCAAUCACCUACUCCACAACGUGACUCAACGGCUGAUUUAUUUAAUCAAGGACUACUUGGUCUCCCUCCCAGUCUACUAGCUCAAAGUGGUUUCACUCUGGACCCAGCCAAUCUGAUAACUUCUUUGUCCUCCCCUCCAACUCAAUCACUUACCUAUUCUACUUCUUCUAUGGCUUAUAGCAGUCCUUUCAUGACAACUGCUAACACUCUUCUUCAAGAUAUAGAGGAACGAAAAUCCUCAGCUGAAUCUUUGGUUUGUCCAACAACGCAGUUAAGCGAAUUAUCAAUUGGUGUGAAUGGAACAUCCACAACAGCUUCUGACGCUCCUAUAAUGAAGAAUAAUGUUCAAGUGCUCACUCCCAAUAUGGUCAAUGGUAAAGGUCCAGCAAUAUCUCUCCAACAGGACAGUUGUAAUAAUGAUAUAACAAUCACCGAUUAUGUAACCGUCAAUGGAUCUGCCCCCUACCGAUCACAUCCCCUUUUCCGUCGUUUCAUAUCAAUUGUGAGAGAAAUGGAAAAUCAGUUAUUCUUCCAAGAACUCUGA